AUGGCCGCUGCCGUGAGCUUUUCCUGCCAAACAAGAGCACACUUCUUCAUGCUCCUUUGCUACUCCUCCAUAUGGUCUCCGCACCUGCCUCGUGCUACCUCCAUUUCUUUCACCUCCAACUUCUCCCAUCCCGACUACGACGGCCGGGACCUCAUCUUCCAGGGCGACGCCUACUACGACUCCCGGUCUCGGACUAUCCAGCUGACCCCGAGCAUCGGGAACAGCGUAGGCCGGGCGUUCCUCAUGGCGCCCGUGCCGCUGUGGGAUGCCGUCACCGGCGAGCUCGCCCACUUCACCACCUCCUUCACCUUCCAAAUCAAGGUGAACAAUGCAAAUGCCGGCGACGGCUUGGCAUUUUUCCUCGGGCAUUACCCUCCGGCCGACAUUCCCAAGUUCGAGCGUGAGAUGGGCGGCGGGAACCUCGGCCUCUUCAGCAAGAGCGUCGGCACGGUCGCGACCGGCGACGAACGAGCAGUGGCCGUUGAGUUUGACACACACUUGAAUGAUGGCUUCGACCCCAGCGGCAGCCACAUGGGCAUUGAUGUCAACUCCAUCGUCUCACGGGCCUACACCAACGCCACCGUGCCUGGCAGGAACCUAACGUCCGGCCUCACAAUGACUUGCAACAUCACCUACGGUAACGACACAAAAAUCUUGACAGCUCUUCUUCAGAUCGGCGACACGACGUACCGCGUCGACACGACUGUUGACUUCAGGCAGUUCUUGCCUAAUCUAGUGGCCAUCGGCUUCUCCGGUGCCACUGGCGUGGCGCUCGAACAACACCAAAUAGUUUCCUGGUCAUUUGACUCCACCUUGGACCCGCCACGGGAGAGCCCCGGGAGUCGCCCUCCUGCACCGAAGACCCUGUUGCUAGUAGAGAUAAUAACUGGACCAGUUAUUGGAGUCAUUGCAAUUGUGUGCAUCUUUGUUGGCAUCCGUCGAUGGCAGCUAUUCACGAGAAAGAGGCGUUACAGAGCUCUUGCCAGGGGCCUUGGGCCUAUUGGUUAUCGUAGGUUGGCACGUGCAACCAACGAAUUCGCAGAGGAAAACAAGCUUGGGCAAGGAGAUUCUGCCUCUGUUUACGAGGGCCAACUGGCAAGUCCAAGUAGACCGGUGGCGAUAAAGAUAUUCAAGCAAACAUCAUCACGCGAGGGGAGGAAGGCGUUCGAGGACGAGCUCAAGAUUGCGAGUCGGCUCAGGCACCGGAACCUUGUCGAAUUGAUAGGCUGGUGCUGCGAUGGCCAGAGGAGCCUGGUUGAGUUUAUAUGUUGGUGGCGGGAUGACAGGUACACACGUCUCUUCCUUGUGUAUGAGCUUGUGCCACAAGGUAGCCUCGAUCAACACCUACACGAGGGCAAGAGUUGGUUACCAUGGCCCAAGAGGUACGAGAUCAUCCUCGACCUAGGCUCUGCACUGCAAUACCUCCAUGUAGAUUGCGAGCAACACCAACAGUGUAUUGUACACGGUGAUAUCAAGUCCAGCAACGUGUUGCUUGGGUCUUCAAAUGGUGCCAAGUUAGGUGACUUUGGAUUGACAAGAUUUGUUCACCAAGAAACUGGGUCAAAGACCACAGACCUUUUGCAGGGCACUUGGGGAUAUAUAGACCCUGUGUUCCUCAACACGAGCCAGCGGAACAGGCAGUCAGACAUCUACAGUUUUGGCAUUGUCCUACUAGAGAUGGUCUCUGGAAGGGACCCAACGGCGAGUCUCGAUGGUAUGCCUCCGUUAUCGUCAUGGGUAAGGAGUUUGUACCAAGACGAUGCAAUCCUCGAGGCUGCAAAUGACAGGUUGAUAGGCGGCGAGUCCAGUACUGGACAACAACAAAUGGAGCGUGUGCUACUUGUCGGGCUCUUGUGUGUGCAUCAGGACCCGAUGAGCCGGCCGUCCAUCACGCAGGCCAUGGAUUCCCUGCGACCAGAGGAGCUAAAACUGGACAUCACUCCCCUGGCACCGGUGACACUCCCCCCACCAUAA